AUGGAAAACACAUCCCUUCCCAGCCUGAUGCAGUUGCUGAACGGCUCGAUGAACCAGACCCAGGACAUGGAGAGGAUGCCGCAGAAUUCCCUCCAGUACCAGGUGGUCACCAUACUAUUAGUGCUGCUGAUCUGCGGAGUUGGAAUAGCUGGGAACAUCAUGGUGGUCCUGGUGGUGCUGAAAACCAAACACAUGCGAACUCCCACCAACUGUUACCUGGUCAGCCUGGCCAUAGCCGACCUGAUCGUGCUCCUGGCAGCUGGUUUGCCCAACAUCACCGAGAGCGUGGCUGCCACCUGGGUGUACGGAUACACGGGCUGCCUGUUCAUCACCUACCUCCAGUAUCUGGGUAUCAACGCGUCCUCUUGCUCCAUCACCGCCUUCACCAUUGAGCGCUACAUUGCCAUCUGCCACCCCAUCAAAGCCCAAUUCAUCUGCACCGUGUCCCGAGCCAAGAAGAUCAUCGCUUUCGUGUGGGCUUUCACGUCAGUGUACUGCGUCAUGUGGUUCUUCUUGCUGGACAUCAAGGAGGUCCUGUAUGCUGACGGUGUCCGUGUGGCCUGUGACUAUAAAGUCUCGAGAAACCAUUACUUGCCCAUCUACUUUCUGGACUUCACCAUCUACUACGUGAUUCCCUUGUUCCUCGCCACUGUUCUCUAUGGACUCAUCGCUCGGAUCCUGUUCCUGAACCCCAUCCCCACCACACCCCAAGACACCGAGAGGAUGGGCAACAACUCAAUUCACCAGGGCCGCAGCUCCAACACCAUCAAGAUGUCCUGUCAUCGGAACAAGAACGCUCAGUCAUCAAGGAAACAGGUCACGAAAAUGCUGGCAGUGGUGGUCAUUCUGUUCGCCCUCCUGUGGAUGCCCUACAGAACAAUAGUGGUCGUCAAUUCGUUCAUGAAUCCGCCUUAUUUGAACACCUGGUUCCUGCUGUUCUGCAGGAUGAGCAUUUACUUGAACAGUGCUGUCAACCCUGUCAUUUACAACCUGAUGUCUCAGAAAUUUCGAGCCGCCUUCAAGAAACUCUGCAAAUGUAAACAGACACGGGCGGAGAAACCUACUGCGUAUAACGUUCCUGUUUACUACAACGUGAUAAAAGAUUCAUCGCAUGAAAGCCCCGACCAUGACGUGACAGAGCAAGAGGAUGUCAAUGGGUACCCUGUUUCUGACAAGCAAGGCAACUUCAGUCAUUCUUGUACUGACUCUAGUACAAGUGUCGCUUGA